UUCAGAGCUUCUCACUCAGACUACAGUAGGAUCAGACAAGGGAGGUUGCUGCGUAUAGCCAAUCCACAGAGAAACAAUUUGAAUCAAAGUGUAGCUACUCUAAUCUUCUGAGUGACACACUCGCUGGCAAGUGUCUAGUGUCUUUCAUUUGGAUCAUUUGGAACAGGAGUCCAAACAAAGAAGCCUAGAAGAGAAAGAAUGGCAGAUACACUGGAGGAGUUGAGACAACAGUGUCUGAGUAGAGGAGCAGCUGGGAUUAAAGGCCUGGCAAGGACCUUCCGCAUCAUGGAUGACGAUGGCAGUAAGUCUCUAAACCUGGAGGAGUUUCAGAAAGGUCUUGAGACCUAUGGUUUGUGUGUUGAAAAGGAAAAGGUCAUGGAGAUCUUCACUUUAGUGGACAAAGAUGGAAGCGGCACCAUCGAUUUCGAUGAAUUUCUUGAGAAACUAAGGCCCCCUAUGUCCAGUGUCAGAAAGCAGGUGAUUAAACAGGCCUUCCAGAAGCUGGACCGUACCGGUGAUGGAGUGGUAACUGUGCACGAUUUACAGGGAGUCUACAACAGCAAACAACACCCCAAGUACAAGAGCGGCGAGUGGACCGAGGAACAAGUGUUCCGCUCUUUCCUCGACAGCUUCGACUCACCAUAUGAGAAAGAUGGAAAGGUCACUCUGGACGAGUUUGUGAAUUACUACAGUGGAGUCAGCGUCUCCAUCGACAGCGAUGAUUACUUUGUCACCAUGAUGCAGAAUGCAUGGAAGCUGUAAUCACCGCCGCUCUCAUCUCUUCCGUGGAAGCCUACAAAUUUGUAAACAGUUCACUUUACUAGAAAUAGUGCUGAUGACAGUAAAUGAUGUUUUUGGCUAAAACAUUUCAGUUCCUGGAAUUUUAAGUUGAAGUUGCUUAAAAAAAUUGCAUCUGUGCAACUGAAUUGUAUUUUUUUUUUUUUUUUUUUUAUGACUAAACAAUAAACCAAACCUGCAUUUUAACAAACAACUAAAAUACUUCAAUCCUAAUGACCUGGAAAAAUGAUUUCUAUCUAUAUCUACAAUUAUAACAGUACAAUUAUUGCCAGAUAGUACAUAAACUUUUCACAUUGUACCAGUGUUCAACAAUAAGGGACAUAUCUCUGUCACCCCCUGGUGGACACACAAAUGUACUACUACACUGUUAAAAACAUUCAGUUGAUCCUCUUGGGUCAACUGAACAGGUGAAUUCUUAUGACCCAUCCCAAUUCCCAAAGACAUGCUAAGUAAUAAUAAAUCAGCACACUAACUGAGUACCAUUUAUAAUUAUAACAAUAUUGUGCAGUUACUUCUUGUUAUAAAUAAAAUAAGCGGUGUGCACCUUCCUCAAAGAAACAAUUGAACAAAAAAUAGCCAACACUGUUAACACUGAACAGAAACAGCGGUUAAUGCCGUGUAAACCAGUUAACUGAUGACUGCCAGGUUUUAAUUCACAGUCAGCUGCUUUAAUGUUACAAAGCACUUUGAUUUUCAUUGACAAAUCAAGACUGAUAAAAAGGUAAAUGAUAGACCACAUCUGACAUUACACAAAAAAUUUAUUUCAAAGCUUUUCCUUUUUUAACUUUGAUUUUUUUUCUAUUUGUUUUGUAAAGGAGAUUGGAGACAUGUUCUAGUAAAUGAUAAUAUAUUCAUAGAAAUUUACAUGAGAAGUUCUGUAUUCACGUUUCUAAAUGCACUCAGUAUUUCACACACACAAAAAAAAUCAUCUCCACUGUACUGUCUCCAAUGACAUGGAAAUGGAUAAAAAAAAAAAAAAAAGGUAAUAAAACAAUAAAAAAGGUAACAUAUUACAAA